UGCACCUCUCAUUUUCUCUCCUAAUUCCCUCCGCACCGUCGGCUCUCAAAUGCUCUGCAAACCAUUCAAAACCACCUUUUAAGCUAUAAAUGGCGUCCAAACAACCAAAGGUGAAAAGCUUCAGAACAUAAAUACGGUCCGAGAAAAAAAAAUCAAAAGAAAUCGACAUGUCGUCAUCAUCACCAAAGAAAUCGGGGGUAAAAUCCACUCGCCGGACCUCCAGUGGCCGCAUGUUGAGCUCCUCCCGCAGCGACAUCGAAUCCGGCGGUCCGGAGCUCACCUCCACGUCCUCCGGCGGGCCCAAUGACUUCAUGAGCUACACCGUACUCAUGCCCCCCACCCCUGACAACCAGCCCUACACCGCCGUCGGCAGCUCCAGCACCAAGUCUGAAGACCUCCCUCCUCCACCGCCUACCAAUGCAGCCAAGCGAACGAAUCAGCGUGGCGGUGGUGCGAGAAAGCGUGACGACGGUGGGAGCGGAGGAGAUUCCUCUGCCAAGAUGGAUCGACGUUUAUCUUUAUUGAAGAGCCAGAAUAAGUCGAUGCUUCUCCGUAGCCAAACCGGCGAUUUUGAUCACAACAGGUGGCUUUUUGAGUCAAAGGGAACGUACGGCAUUGGCAACGCCUUUUGGUCGCCGGACGGCGGCUAUGAUGAUGCCGGCGGUGGCAUGAAUAUGUCGGAUUUCAUGGAUAAGCCAUGGAAGCCCCUCACAAGAAAAGUCCGAGUACCAGCCGUAAUUCUAAGCCCAUACAGGUUGUUGGUGUUGGGCCGUCUGGUUUGUCUAAUCGGCUUCCUAAUCUGGAGAAUAACGAAUGCAAACACAGAUGCUUUAUGGCUAUGGGGCUUAUCCACCGCCUGCGAGAUCUGGUUCGCUUUCUCCUGGCUCCUCGACAUCCUCACAAAGAUCAACCCCAUCAACCGCGCAGCCGACCUCGCCGCACUCCAGGAGAAAUUCGAGUCUCCCUCGCCGUCGAACCCAAUGGGCCUCUCCGACCUCCCUGGAAUCGAUGUGUUCAUCUCCACCGCCGAUCCGGAGAAAGAGCCCCCUCUCGUCACUGCUAACACCAUCCUCUCCGUCCUCGCCACAGAGUACCCUGUUGAUAAACUCGCCAUCUAUGUCUCCGACGACGGCGCCGCCCUCCUCACCUUUGAAGCCAUGGCGGAAGCCGCCUCCUUCGCCGAAAUCUGGGUGCCCUUCUGCCGCAAACACUGUGUCGAGCCUCGCAACCCUGAGGCCUAUUUCAACCUGAAACUGGAUCCAACCAAAAACAAAAAGCAACCAGAUUUCGUGAAGGAUAGGCGCUGGAUCAAGCGCGAAUACGACGAAUUCAAGGUCCGGAUCAACGGCCUUCCUGAAUCCAUCCGAAAGCGCUCCAAAACCCUAAACUCCAAAGAACAGAAGAAAGCCGUAAGCCUCGCGAAAGAAAAUGGAGAAGAUCCCGCCGCAGCGAAAUCCAACAUUCCAAUAGCGACAUGGAUGGCCGACGGUACCCACUGGCCCGGUACCUGGAAAUCCCCUUCCCCUGACCACUCCAACAAAGACCAUGCGGGCAUUCUUCAAAUCAUGAUCAAAGCACCAGACCACAGCCCUGUCUACGGCAACACAGGGGACCAUCCGUUCAUCGAAUUCACCUCCGUCGACAUUCGGGUUCCAAUGCUCGUCUACGUCUCCCGAGAGAAACGCCAUGGCUACGACCAUAAUAAAAAAGCCGGCGCAAUGAACGCUCUUGUGCGCGCAUCUGCCAUCCUCUCCAACGGCCCUUUCAUCCUCAACUUCGACUGUGAUCAUUACAUAUACAAUUCGCUCGCCAUUCGCGAAGGUAUGUGUUACAUGAUGGAUCGAGGCGGCGACCGAAUUUGCUACAUUCAAUAUCCCCAACGAUUCGAGGGAAUCGAUCCGUCCGACCGUUAUGCGAACCACAACACAGUUUUCUUCGACGGGAACAUGCGCGCAUUGGAUGGAUUACAGGGUCCAAUGUAUGUCGGAACUGGAUGCUUAUUUCGGCGAUACGCGCUCUACGGUUUCUGUCCACCGCGUGCGAACGAGUAUUUGGGGCUUUACGGGCAACACAAGAGGAAAGCAGAGGUUGUGCGAAAGAGAGGGGAGGGAGAUGAUGAGUCUCAGCCGCUAAACGAGCAUCCAGAUCUUGACAUGCCAGAAAGAUUUGGCAACUCCGGUAUUUUUUUGGAUUCGAUUGCAUUUGCGGAGUUUCAAGGGCGGCCAUUAGCAGACCAUCCGUCUGUGAAGAAUGGAAGGCCGCCUGGUGCGUUGCUUGCUCCUCGGCCGCCGUUGGAUGCUUUGACAGUCGCAGAGGCUGUAUCUGUCAUUUCUUGCUGGUAUGAGGAUAAGACGGAAUGGGGGGAUAGGAUCGGGUGGAUCUACGGGUCGGUGACGGAGGACGUGGUGACGGGAUACAGAAUGCAUAAUCGGGGAUGGAGGUCAGUGUAUUGCAUUCCUAAGCGCGACGCGUUUAGAGGGACGGCACCAAUUAACUUGACAGACCGCCUGCAUCAGGUGCUGCGAUGGGCUACAGGGUCCGUGGAGAUCUUCUUCUCCAAGAACAAUGCUCUGCUCGCGAGCUCCCGCCUGAAAUUCCUCCAACGCGUCGCCUACAUCAACGUCGGAAUCUACCCCUUUACUUCCAUCUUCCUCGUGAUCUACUGCUUUCUUCCCGCUGUCUCCCUCUUCACCGGCGAAUUCGUCGUCCAAUCCCUCAACACCACCUUCCUCAUCUACCUCCUCCUCAUCACCCUCACCCUCUCCCUCCUCUCCAUCCUCGAAGUCAAAUGGUCCGGCAUCUCCCUCGAAGAAUACUGGCGAAACGAACAAUUCUGGGUCAUCGGAGGCACCUCUGCCCACCUCGCCGCCGUCCUCCAAGGCCUUCUCAAAGUCAUUGCCGGCAUCGACAUCUCUUUCACUCUCACCUCCAAAUCUGCUAAUGAGGAUGACGAAGAUCUCUUCGCCGACCUUUAUAUAGUCAAAUGGACCGCUCUCUUCGUCCCGCCGCUCACUAUCCUCACUGUCAACAUCAUUGCUAUCUUCAUCGGCGUAUCGAGGACGCUCUAUAGCGUUAUUCCGCAGUGGAGCAAAUUGAUUGGCGGAUUGUUCUUUAGCUUCUGGGUUUUGGCUCAUAUGUAUCCUUUCUGUAAGGGGCUGAUGGGAAGAAGGGGGAAGACUCCGACCAUUAUUUAUGUGUGGUCGGGGUUGAUUGCCAUUACCAUCUCCUUGUUGUGGAUUGCGAUAAGCCCGCCUGAUAUUGGCCAUUCUUACAAUGAGGGAAUUUAGGGAAGAAGGAGAAGUGGGGUUGAUGAGCUUGAUUGAGAGAAGUAGUGUGCAGCAUACUUUUCUUAAAUUUUGUACUUAUGUAGGGGAAGGUUGAGAUUUGUAAAUUAUUAGAUGCACCUCUGUUUUUAUUAGGAGGAUGUUUAAUUUGAUUUGAAGAUUGAAGACCGUUAGAUUU